UUAAUUAAACUCAGAGAAAGCCACUAACAUGCCUGGGUAUUUCGGGCAGUACAAAAUGCUGAAACUAACGAAAUAUAGUAGAGAAAAUAAUACAAAAACUUAAGGUGGUGGUAAUUUAUGUCAUUAAUUUUAAAUAUUAAUUAAUAUACAUAGUUAAAAAAUAAAAAUAAAAGUAUUUCGGCAUGUUAGUGGUCCAGACAUCAACAAUGGACGGUUCCAGCUGCCGGAGUAACUGAUUAUGAAUGCCUACAUUGUAAACCAGAGGUCAGCAGCCUUGUUCUGCCUAGGGGCCAGAACCCAUGUCUGUGAGUGGAUGGCAGGCCACACUUAUCACCAUAGUUAAUAAAUAAAGAUGAUGGAUGCUUAUGACACAGCACCUGGAGGCCCAGCAGCCACAGAUGCUGUGGGUCAUCAUAUCUCCAAUGUGGGUCAUCAUAACUCCAAUGUGGAACAAGAAGAAAUGCCAGAAUUAACUCAGGGUUCUUCCAUCACUGCUCAAAGUCUGUGCCUCAUGUGUGGUUCUCCAGGUGGGAUCAUCAGUGCAUUUACUAGGAUUGGUAAUGCAGAACCUCUUCUUAAUCUUCUGUGUUACGUUUUAAAGAAAUCUCUUGUUGAUAUUCAUUUAUAUAGUGAUGUUGUGUGUUCUAAAUGCUUCAAGAAAGUCGAGGUUAUUGAAAAACUUCUUUGCAAAUUUGUAAAUGUGUGCCGAGAUACCAUUCAUAAUUUUAAUAAUGCUUUGAAGAUAUUUAUGAAACCAAGUCUUUCUCAAGUAACAGAGGAUGAAGAUGGAAAGUGUUUACUAGUUUUAAAUGGUGUGGACUUAAAAACAAAUGAAGAUGGUAUUGUUGCACGAGCAUUAACAUUGGCUACCAUGAAAAAACCAGGUAAGAGAAGCAAAUUAAAGCCAGAGAGAAAGCAUACAUGUCCAGUGUGCGGCAAGUUAUUCCGGGCUUACAGCCACAGAGUUGAACACAUGCUCAUUCAUACUAAGGAUAAGUCAUUCAAGUGUAAUAUCUGUGGGGUUCUUACUAGCACAAAAUCCAAUCUUGUCAAACAUAGGCAUAAACAUACUGCAGAAUAUGAGUGUAGUGUUUGUAAUAAAAAGUUGUGUAAUAAAUUUUCUCUGAAGGAACACAUGAAAAUCCAUAACAGUGACAAAACACAUCAGUGUGAGUACUGCAAGAAAACAUUUUUAAGGGACCGGGAUAAGAAAAUCCACGAAAAAAUCCAUAUGUCAGAAAGUCCUGGAUUGCAUCAGUGUCAAGUUUGUAAAAAAUCCUUUGUUGUAAAAUCAAGACUGAUUAGGCAUAUAUUAAUUCAUCAGAAAGAAAAACAGUUUGUAUGUCAAGUAUGUAACAAAAAAUUUGUAAGAAAAGAUGAUCUUAAAUGUCAUGAAAGAGUGCAUACAGGCGAGAAGCCAUAUUCUUGUAAGGAAUGUGGCAAAGCAUUUAGAUACAUAUCUAAUUGCAGAAAUCAUAUGAGGAUCCACAUGAAAGAUUCAAAUAUAUUUAAAUGUAAACUCUGUAACAUAUCAUUCUCGACCGAGAUUAAAUAUAACAAUCACUUGAAAACCCGUAACCACAAGAAAAAGUUAUCAGACACUAAUUGUGACACCACUGAAAAUUUAUAUUGCGAUGAAUGUAAGGUGCCUCUCACUCUUGCAGAUUACACAUUACACAAGACAAUUUGUCCUGAGAAAAAGCAGAGUCAAGGUGUAUCUGAAGAGCAUCUGUAUUGUAGGGAGUGUUGUUUAACAUUUGAAAAUGUUGACCAGCUAUCCGAGCACACUGUCAAUUGUCAUGUAAAUGGAAAUUCAUCAGAGAAUGUUGAAACGGGAAUUAUUAUUUCAAGUGUAGAUGUUGGUAGCGACACUGAUAUUGUGUCAUUAACUCCUCUAGAACGACUGACUGUUACAGGUGAAGGUGUAAACAUGAUAGUAGCAAUGGACACUGAUUCCACAUCUCUACAAAUUCCUCUUGUUCAUAGAUCACCCUCCACUGUUACUACUCUUCUACCACCAAGUACCAUCAUAGAUGAAUCUCACACAACGUCCACAAUAAUUCCACUGAAUUUAGAAAAUAAGGCUGCUAGUAUAAUAUCUAGCAGUGGAGUGCCAGGUACAGUAUUAACGGAAAUUUCAGAUAGUAACAGUAUAAUAUGUAGUGAAGACAUAGAACAACCACUUGAAGAAACUACAUUGCCAGCAUCUGGUACUGUAACAAUAUUGAACCCAUCAGCCAUUUUUAAAAUAAGUGACUGGGAUAUAAGUCAGUUUUAUCAGAAGUCAUGAUGAUAAUUUACACAUUGACAUUCAAGGUAUGCUGGUAAGGGGCUCUUGAUCCAAGGAAUUGCUGCUACCCUCCCCCCACUCCUUGGAUCAAAUCUGAUUACCUUCCAUUCCUUGUGUACUGUAGUGAUGAUUAAAAAAAUGAAGUCAACAUUAUUGAUAAUUAUCCAUUCUUCAUUACAGUCAACCCUUCUUAUACUAUUUGGGGGGAAUAGAUGACUGGUAAUGACAAUUGUGGUGGAUAGGGAAGAAAUUAUUUACUUAUGAUUGUAACAACAAUGGACAAUUCUGUAACCAACAGACUUUGUCCAUUGGUUCCGAAUCAAAUGACCCAGCGGAUUUUGUUUCGUGUUUCUAGAGUCUGCUAUAAGGAGGAUUUACUGUAUAUUGUAGGAGGGGUGAGGAUGUUGCAGUUUAGAGGGCCCUCAGAACGUGGAUGGCAGCACGCUUCUGGCAAGACAGCGGUUGAAUAAAUGAGUCAGUGUGUUACCUCAAUUUUUGGGUCACCAUACAUUGUGAGACAUAACCAGUGUGUUUAAAGAGAGUUACCUAUUUGAAAUGGUAAUUUAUAUUCAACAGGACUAAAUUUUGUUUGUUUUUAAAAUAUGUAUCAGGAUCAAGUAUCGGAUGUAUUCGUUAUACAUUGUGGUAUUGUGUAAUCUUGAGAACAGUUAUUUUGCAAUAUUUUAGGGCAUUUAAAUAAAUGUAAUUUACUAAAUGUUAUAUAGCACGUAUAUUUAAACAUUUAUUUUCAUAAUGCAGUCCUUAUAUUACAAUAUCCAUCUUGUUGAUAAUCAUCUUGUGAUUUUCACUACUGCAUAAUAAUACAAUAUUCUCUAGAUACAGUGUAUGAACCUGAAGGUCUCACAUAAAAGUUAGACUUAAAUAUCAAGAGUAGAUUUAGGAUCCAUAUUGGGGGUCUAUGAUAUAUGAGAUUCUAAAGAACAGCAUUGUGAACUGUAAUGUGUACUAAAGUGGAACCUCAAAAAUCGAACGUAUCAAAUAUCGAAUGUUUCGAAAAUAAGACCAUUUUUUCGGACAGACUGUGUCCCAAUUAUAGAAUGCGCCUCUAAUUUCGGACCGCCAGGUACGGGACCUGUUCUCUGGCCCGCUCUGUCCGUGUCCCCGCGCAGGCGCUGUGAGCAGUCUGGCUUUGUUUAUGCUUGAGUGAACACUAACCUGCGCUCUCAUUCACACAUUUUACGAUUAUUUCGUUGUGUUUAGUGCUUGUGGGACUGUGAAAUAAGCUGCCAUGGGCCCAAAGAAACUUGCUAGUGGUACCCCUGUGGUAAAGAAAGUGAGAAACACCAUAGAUGUGAAGAAGGAAAUAAUACAGAAGUAUGAGAUUGGUGUGAGACUUGUUGAGCUUGCCAGGAUGUACAGAGGACUGUGGACAAUUAUUUUGAGAGACAGAAACAGACGACUGUGGAGUUAUUUUGUGAGACAAACAGACGAUUGUGGACAGUUAUUUUGUGAGACAGAAACAGACGACUGUGGAUUUAUUUUGUGAGACGGGUCCAAUGACUCUCAAGCUGGUCCUAGUGGCAUUACAAUACAGAGAAGGGAAGCAAGCCCAGAGAGGGCUUUGAUACCGGAAGUCCUCAUGGAGGGGGAUUCUCCUUCCAAACAAUAAUACUACUCCCUCUCUCCUCCCUAUCUUCCAGAUGCCAUCACCAAUCUUCAAUAAAGGUAAGUAAAAAUGUUAUUUUAUAUUACUAUACAUAAUUAAAGACUAUAGCAUUUGUUGUGUGUAUGUAAAACUGUAAUUAAUCUCUAUAAAAAUGUUUUUUUUUUUUUGUGAAUAUUUUUGGGUUUCUGGAACGGAUUAAUUGUAUUUCCAUUAUUUCUUAUGGGAAAUAUUGCUUCGAAUUUCAGACUUUUCAAAUUUAGAACUAGCUCCUGGAACGGAUUAAGUUCGAUUUUUGAGGUUCCACUGUAAUGAUAAAACAUAUUUAUACACCUAUUAGCAACAUUGUGCAUAAAAUAACAUAUUUUGAUAAUGUAUAUGUAAUAUACAUGUAAUACUGUAUUGUUUAAGCACAUAGUGUUAUAUCCUGUACUGCAAUUUUUUUUUUAUAAAGAAUAUCUUUGAGAUUUAAAAAUAUUUCUCAA